CAAGGACUUCAAGCUCUCAGGUACGGAGCUCUACAAGACUGGCGUACGGCAGAUCUGUCGUUGGAGUAUAGCUUUUGAGUGCAGCUUUGCCCGCACAGCAGUCGCCAGAUCCCCUGCAGCCUGUCUUUGCAUGUAGCUUGUUUCUACUGGAGUUCUCCUACAAACCUCGAGUUUCGUGAUAUGGCUACAGAAAUUGGCGUGACCAGUAUGCUCCCUGUCUCUCUGCAUUAAGAAGCUAACGAUACAUUUGCGUGCAUGUAUGAAUAGGCGGUGUACGUCCUCCGCGAGAACUUGCCAUGAGGUGAGUUGCUUGCGCUUGUUUCGUACUAAAUAUGUGCUACCCGCGAAGUUACUUCUAUGGCGAUGGCAAAGUGACGAUGUUCAGACAAGGAUUCGCGUAAUGAAUUGGGCCGUAGCCCCUUCUCAAGCCACAUAACUGGCGCAAGUCUUGAUCAUAAACAGAUAUUCCCAUUUCUUCAGCCAGUUGAUACACCACCCCUCGCGCCCUCCUCGCGGCGAUAUAUCCCGUACGAUACGGCAUUUCCCCGGCUGACUACACCGUUCCCUUCGUUCACCGGUAUCUCAGGCGGUCUAUAAGCUCUGUGAGCUCUCUCGGUAGCACGAUCUGACAAAACAGCGAGACAUUAUUUGCAACGUCCUGCGACAGCAUACAUCCUUACGUCGCGUCUUUCUUCGAGCGAGGACCCUUCCAUGGAACUGCACCUAGGCCUGUGCAUCGCAAACGUCGUACACCUGGUGAUCUACGCCAUGAGAACAUUGGAGAAGGAACGCCGAAGCACACAUCCCGGUCCCGCCUGGUGCUGACCCUGCCAGUCCCGUCCGGUCUACCCACUCAAGCUAGCGAACAAGCAGCUCAAUGACAUCGUCGACAAGCUGUUACACGAUGCUAUCGGCACUCCUAUGAGCCUCGACAGACGGCUACGUUCCAACCUGCUCCUCGCAGUGUACAACAUGAUUCCAGAGGCAUCCGAGCAUGAACAGUGGUUUGCCAAGUGGGCGCGAUAUACUGCCGCCGAGGUGGCUAUUCCCUUCAUCUACCGCGGUGGCCCGCUGGGUCAUCAUGUUCACACGGCUUCAACUCGAACUGGCGGCAAUGCCAGCAGCCGAAUGCUCGGCUAAGCCUUCGCAUCUCAAUGCCUACAACCAUGUCACGGAAAACCGCAAUUAAGCUCCUCAUCCGAGCCAUUGCGAGGAAAUAUCAGACUGAUGAGAUGUGCUCAAUGACUGUGAAGACCGCGAAGGCGCAACCGCCCGGUGCAGGUGUCGUAAAUUUUCGUUUACCCUCAUGGCACGUUGUACGACCGUUGAGUCGAGUUCCGAUACCACAGCUUAGAGAUUGACGGCACCGAACAGCAUGGUGAGCUGCAUCAUACCCAUGCUUCCAGCUGACUUGUUGCCUCCUGCCUCCGACUCUGUACUUGCUAGAUCCAACCGAGAAUGUUCAAUUCAAGUUUCGCGCCUGCAAUGUUGUGGGCUUUCCUCUCAGGAUCUAAUUCACAGGGCGGCCAGUAGAUAGCUUGAUCUAUAGUAUCACGAUCCGCGCAACCGAUUGAGUCAAAAAGUCAAUGUAACAUGGGUGCGUUGGCGACCUCCUUGCGCUUGCUGAAUUGUUCGUAUAUAUAGCGCGCGUGCAUAUACUCCCAGGGCUUUCCCAUCAUACGUGAAUGUGGGGACGGCUUAGCAGUCAGCUGCUGAGGCACAUGCGAUCUGAACUCUG